AUGCCCCGUGUUGUCGAGGUCAAGGUUGCGGUAAAGGAUUACGAGGCGACUGCAAGUGCCAUCUAUGAUCUCACCGAUUCCAUGGGAACCAUCUACCGGCAAGAGGACACGGUGUUCGUUGCGCCGGCCGGCGGACAGUUAUGGCUCGGUAGUGUCGAUGGCAGCGUAAGUAUUUCCGAUCUGCUGAUCGGUCGGCCUGGGUCGUGCUUCUUUUCAAAUUUGGCUACGACACAGGCGCCCUGCGGAGACCUCGUUUUUCAAAAGAACUUUGGAACAAAGCAACCAAUGGAAUCUGAAUAUUACAUCACCAGCAUAACGGAUAAGGAAUCGUUCAAAGUAUGCUUGGCUACGGCCAUAAAGUACUGUUAG